AUUGAAAUGGCGAUUGAGACACUGCAAAAGUCUGAUGGUCUUUCUACUCACAGAAGCUCUCUUCUCAACAGCCAUCUCCAAUGGCUUUUAGACAACUAUGAAACUGCAGAAGGAGUGAGUCUCCCCAGAAGUACCCUUUACAACCAUUACUUACGUCAUUGUCAGGAGCACAAGUUAGAUCCAGUUAAUGCUGCCUCUUUUGGAAAACUCAUACGGUCAAUCUUCAUGGGAUUACGGACCAGAAGACUGGGAACCAGGGGGAACUCCAAAUACCAUUAUUAUGGGAUUCGUGUCAAACCAGAUUCUCCCCUUAAUCGGCUACAAGAAGACAUGCAAUAUAUGGCUAUGAGACAGCAACCCAUGCAGCAGAAACAGAGGUACAAGCCUGUGCAGAAAGUGGAUGGAGUUGCAGAUGGUUUCACAGGAAGUGGCCAACAAACAGGCACAUCUGCUGAACAAACUAUAAUUGCCCAAAGUCAACAUCAUCAACAGUUUUUAGAUGCAUCUCGAGUACUUCCAGAGUUUGGAGAAGUUGAAAUGUCUUCUCUGCCAGAAGGUACUACCCUUGAGGACAUAAAAUCAUUGCAAAGUCUUUAUCGAGAGCACUGUGAGGCAAUAGUGGAUGUUGUUGUGAAUCUUCAGUUUAGCCUGAUAGAAAAAUUGUGGCAAACUUUCUGGCGCUAUUCUCCCUCUGCUCCAGCUGACGACACAGCUAUUAUUGAACUGAGCAAUUUGAGUGAAAUAGAAAGUCGACUUCCAAAAGGAAAACUGAUAACUCUGUGCAAAAAUGAGUCUAUUCUGAAAUGGAUGGGUAAUUGUGACCAUGUGAUGUACCAGGCUUUGGUGGAGAUUCUCAUUCCUGAUGUCCUUAGACCUAUUCCUA